UCAGUCAGCCGCAGUCGGUCGCUUAAUAAACAUUGUGACUCACAAUUGGUGUUGUGUUAAUUUUGAGAGAUCUUACAUAAGAAAUGAGCAAAAUUUCAUUCGUUUAUUUCCACAAAUUAAUUUAAACAAAGAAACGAAAUCUCAGAAUCAAUCCAGAAAGUGUUCGUUUUUUCUUUGCAUAGUCUAACUCAAAUUAGAAAUCGAAAUGAGCGUAGGAAGUGCAUCAGCUGACGUCAUCCGAAAUAAUCAAUCGCAAGCGGAAAUUUUCAAGUUGAAGAUCGAUCAUUUUGAAGAGUUAUUCGACUGGUUGUCACUAAACGAUCUAGUGGCACUUAGUAGAACGUGCAAACGAAUGCAACGCAUCGUCGGCUACUACAUUAAAACGACCUAUGCUGCAAUUAAAUUCAACUGUACAAGUGAUGGUAUCGAAAGAGGAUAUCAAGAAUCCAAAUUGACUGGAUUGAGUUCAUUUCUGAAAAAACUUAUGUUUCAUUACCUCGAGUAUGUUCCAUUUGAUCAUUGGAACCAACAAUGGGGAAAACCAGAACAAAUUAUUCCUCAUAUGGUGGCCGAUCAAUUCAAAUCGCUCACCGAAAUCCUGUUAACCAGAGUUGUACUCACUGAUGCAGGAAUAUCACGUAUAAAAGGGAUUUUGGGUCAACUGGAAAUGGUGAGAUUAAAGUUUCCGCAUUUUCUGGAUGAAAAAAACAAAGAUAUUUAUGGUGAUUUUCUAAAAUACUGCACCAACGUAAAGGAGUUGUGCAUUCAGGGAUCGAGUAAUAGAUGUCUUGUUGGCGUUGACAAUAGUUGGCUUCUGCGUGAAUAUCCAACACUCGAACACUUUGAGUUGAUAAUGAAUCAAAACGGGCCCAUCGACGAAUUGAGUACAUUUUUUGGACAAAACAACCACUUUAAACGUUUUGCGACGAAUGUAGAAAUGAUUUUGGCGAACAGUGACACUUUUAAAACAACUCCAGCAAAAUGGGAUGUUUUAAGCGUUGAAUUCUGUCAUACAAACACAUUUAUUCCAUCCCGAGAUCUUUUGAAUAAACUCUACGAACGAGGCAGGUUCAACGAAGUACAUGUGUAUUUUUUUACGCUCUUCAAUACAACUUUUGAUCAAGAAUCAGUGAAUGAGUUGACUUCAUUCAAAGGUCUUACAAAGUUAUACAUUGAUGGCAUGGAAGAUGGAACCGAUUUAUCUCGAUUGAUUACCCUGAAGCAGCUUUACAUUAGCAGAGCUUCUAGUAUUGCGAAUACGAUAACGCUGGCCACGAAGCUUUUCAAUCUUGAAUUCAUUCAUUUUACCUAUGCAGAUGUCAGUGACAUUGUGCCAUUCAUUUGCCAGUCGCCCAAAUUGACAAAGAUUGUUGUGUUUCGCCUUAAGGAAAACGAUGAACAUAUUCUCAACCUUGUACAACUGAACAAGGAACGAUCGAAAUUGCCAAAUGCAAGAAAAGUUACCAUUCAUGUUGAGGAACAUGUUUAUUUGGACGUGAAAUGGACCAAAAAACAAACGAACUUGAGCUUGAUUGAGAUAAAACGCGGCUCAUCAUAUGAUACAUUGAACCAUAGUUUCGAUUACAUGGACAAUCCUGAUAGAAAAUUUUGAAGGAGAAAAAAAUUGCCACUUAAUUCCACGAUAUAAAACUUUGCUUAGCGUUAAAGAGAUUUUGAAAAAAAUUAAAUAUUCUCUUCAUUUUAGAAAACAAAAAAAAUUUCAAUUAUUUGUUUCAAUUGCAAUUACUUUGAUAUCAUUUGAGGUGGAAUUAUUAUGAUUUGUUUAUGAUUGUAAAAUUAAGCGUGCAAACAUCAGAUGAAAUAAAAUAAAAUAUUCAACUAAAUUACAACAAA